AUGCCUGCCUCAGAUGCCAGCGGCAGUUUUGACGAAGACUCCGUUCACGGCGCAACGCGCAGAACACUGCUGAAAAUUAAGGGAUUCAGUGAAGUUAAGGUGGAAAAGAUCAAGGAGGCAAUUCAGAAAUGCCAGACACAUAAACAUGCAAGACUCAAAGAUGCCUUAGCCCUCGGCUUCGGGUUUCAUAACGGCAAUGGAACUCGGCCAUCAAAGAAAGAGGGUCGUCAGAAUUUCCACUGGCAAAGCGGGUUCCAGAGCAUGAGUAUCAGCGAAGUCUAUGGAGAAUUUCGCUGCGGAAAAACGCAACUUUCGCACACAAUGUCUGUUGUCGCUCAGCUGCCAAGAAGUAUGGGCGGUGCUGAGGGAAAAGUUGCAUAUAUUGACACAGAAGGGACAUUCCGUCCGGAACGAGUCGGACAGAUCGCUGAACGUUUUGGAGUCGAUCCCGAUUCCAGUCUAGAAAACAUCGCGUAUGCGAGGGCGUUAAACAGUGAGCACCAGUUGGAACUCUUGAAUACCCUAUCCAAAGAGUUUGCAGGCGGGGAAUACCGUCUGCUCAUUAUUGACAGUAUUAUGAACUGUUUCCGGGUUGAUUAUUGCGGGCGUGGCGAGCUUGCAGAUCGCCAGCAGAAACUCAACCAGUUUCUCAUGAAACUGGCUCAUAUGGCUGAAGAAUUCAAUGUCUGUGUUCUCAUGACGAAUCAGGUGCAGAGUGAUCCUGGAGCAAGCGCGUUAUUUGCGGGUGCAGAUGGCCGGAAGCCUGUUGGCGGCCAUAUAUUGGCUCACGCCUCAACCACCCGGGUGCUUCUUCGCAAAGGGCGUGGGGAAGAAAGAGUCGCCAAAAUCCAGGACUCUCCAGAUUGUCCGGAACGGGAAGCGACGUACAUUAUCACAAACGGGGGUAUAAAUGACCCGGAGAAGGCAUAG